AUGCAGACAUCAAAGAAAAUGGGAUUCGGAAAAUGCAGCAGAAUCCGACACAUCGUAAGGCUCCGCCAAAUGCUGCGCCGGUGGCGGACCAAGGCCCACAUGUCGGCCCACCCAAUACCGUCUGAUGUUCCUGCGGGACACGUGGCGGUGUGCGUUGGCACCAACCACAGGAGAUUUGUGGUGCGCGCCACUCACCUGAACCACCCCGUCUUCAAGAACCUACUGCUUCAGGCCGAGGAAGAGUACGGAUUCUCCAACCACGGUCCUCUCGUCAUUCCCUGCGACGAAGUGCUCUUCGAACAGGUGCUCCGGUUCAUUUCCCGGUCCUGUUCUGCCAAUUCCAACCGGUUCGUAAACCUUGAGGAUUGCCACGCUGGCGUCAGAAACAACCUCGAUUUCUGGCCCGAAUCUCGACCAUUACUUCACUGA